UCGCCAUUUUGUGCGGUUGUUCCGUGUAUUUAUCGCAAGAGUCGUGACUGUGUCGCCAGUUCAGCUACUGUUAGUAGUCUAGGUAGCCACAACGUCCCUCUAACCCAAACUCGUGGGUUUCCCUUUCAGUCGACGUUAUCGGCUAAUUUGUAGUUUAUUUUUUAUACAAAUAUAUAUUUUGUGUGAGGAAGAAUGUCGGCCGAAAGUCCCGAAUACUCCUCGUUCUUUGCAGUGAUGGGUGCCUCUGCAGCGAUGGUCUUCAGCGCUUUGGGAGCAGCCUACGGCACGGCUAAGAGCGGCACAGGCAUCGCCGCCAUGUCUGUGAUGAGGCCGGAGCUCAUCAUGAAGUCCAUCAUCCCCGUGGUCAUGGCGGGUAUCAUCGCCAUUUAUGGCCUCGUCGUAGCAGUACUGAUCGCCAACAACAUUUCUGAGAGGGUCACUCUCUACAAGAGCUUCCUCCAUUUGGGAGCUGGGUUGAGCGUGGGCCUGAGCGGGCUGGCGGCCGGAUUCGCCAUUGGCAUAGUCGGCGACGCGGGAGUCAGGGGCACGGCUCAGCAGCCGCGACUUUUUGUGGGCAUGAUCCUCAUCUUGAUUUUCGCCGAGGUCUUGGGUCUCUACGGGCUCAUCGUCGCCCUCAUUCUGUCCACAAAAUAAACCCAGCCCAAACAUCUCCACUACAAGAUCUGUUCUGUUAAAGUGUCGCUGCUGAAAGGAAAAAGUGUAAAUUGUAUGUAUGUGUGUGGGGGGGAGGAAACAUUUGUAAAAUUUCUGCAACACAAGUUGGAAAAAGAAGGCGUUGGGGAACAAAUGAAAAAGGCUCCAUGAUAGGGUCUCAAUUAUGUGUACAAAUUUGAUAGUCAACUUGUAAAUGCGCAAUGUAGUGAUUUGUCAGUCUUGUGUGUGUGAGUGCGCGCACGUGUGUUUCAAAACAAUUGUAUGAUGAAAAGAUUCCUCCCCCCCCUCCACUUAUUUGGGGCCUUGAGGCCGACUGCAGGAGGCAGCUCGGCCUCUGGUCUUAAAGAGCUGACCAAAGGGCCGCACAGCUUUUUCUCCUCCCAAUUGGGAGUUGCAUUCAUCUUGAGGAUCUAUUUGUAAAGAUGUAUGGACUUUUUUUCCCCCACUCAUUUUAUUUAUAAGAAAUUGUCCAUUAAACUGUUGAACUGCAUCAAGUCUUUAACUUCCCAGGAUAUAUAUAUAUAUAUAUACAUAUAUGAAUACAUAUAGAUAAAUAGAUUAUGCACUGUGGGUUACUUGUGCUAAGUGGUUGGAAUUCUGGAUGUAAUUCUUGGUUUAAUCAUUACAAUUGCCUUUAGUAUGUUGCUGUCAGAGUGAGAGGUGUGUGUGUGUGUGUGUGUGUGUGUGUGUAUAGCUGUAUUCUAAUCAGGAGGCAAACAUUCUCUAAACUUUCGUGUUUUCCUGUAGUACUGCUGUUUGCAUUAAAGGUGUGUGUGUGUGCCCAGUGUUGGGUCUCACAAGCGUAUCCUCCAAACGAUCCAUCUCUUCAUCACCCUCUCCCAUACCUGUCCUCUCUUCCACACGUUCCAGCUGUCCUGCAUGGAUUUUAGAGUGUUGUUCCCAUUAUUGAAGAUGGCAGGAAAAUGUAUUCCAGUCUCCCCCCCCUCUCCCCUCCCAACAAAGUAUUUAUUACAGUUGAUCCAGGCUGUCUGAAUGGAAUCAUUUCAAGCUGUGAAAUGUUGCCCUGUCGUAUGUUUUCUGACGCGUUUGUCUACAAUCCUGUACUAUCCACUGCUAUUAUCCAAAUGUGCCCACAAGCAAAUUAAAGAUUCCAACUUA